AAAAAUACGAGGAUAGAGACAGGAGUGGGAUUUAUAACAUACAGAGCACCAAUAUAUCUCUUCUCGUUUCCAAGUCAUCACAAGCUACACAACAACCCCAUUGGAUUAAUCCACUGUUAAUUUGAUCGCAUCAAAGUGUUAUCAGACAAACGGUUAGGGUGAGAUGGAUCCGAUUCCAACAUGGGUGCGGACACUUUGGAACACGUGGGAUCUUCGAGUACUGGUUCUCCUUAGUUUUACCCUACAAAUAAUUCUUUCCCUAUUCGGCAGCCGAAGAAAAUAUAUAUCCUCGAUGUGGAUUAGUGUGCUUGUUUGGUCAGCCUAUUUAAUGGCAGACUGGGCAGCAACGGUUGCUCUUGGAAAACUCUCGGACGUCCAAGGCGAUCGCGAAAAAAGCAACUUACUAUGGGCCUUAUGGGCACCGCUGCUCUUGUUACACCUUGGUGGGCCUGACACCAUAACUGCUUAUUCGCUGGAAGAUAAUCAGUUGUGGAUGAGGCACCUUUUGGGAUUAGUCGUUCAACUUUUCCUUGCGAUUUACGUCAUUCUGAUGUCGUGGAAAAAUUCAUGGUUCUCGUUCAUGUCGCUUCCGGCGUUAGUAGCGGGAGUUAUCAAGUACUGGGAAAGAACCUCGGUUCUCAAGUGGGUGAGCGACGAUAAAUACUUGAAUAGAAUAUCCGAUUCUAUUAUGAAUAGACCUUGGUUCUCAAGUGAGGGUCAUGACUAUGUGCGGCUUUUACUUCUGGCUCGUGAACAUCUGUGUCAGUUUAUGGGGUGGUAUUUGAAGAAGGGGGGCGGUGUGUACGAAGUGGGGGAUCAUAACAACCCCUGGGAAAUUACAGAGACUAAUAUUAAGUGGGAUGCACUGGAGCUUCAAAUGGGCCUCGUGUAUGAAUUGUUAUAUACAAAGGCCCCCAUAAUCUACAGUAAGAGAGGUUUUAUCAUGCGCUGUGUCAGCUUCGGAUGUACAGUGAGUGUAUUAGUAGGAUUAACCAUUGAGAUUGUACUUUUAAAGACAAGGGAAGAAGACGAAGGGAAUUGGCAUGAGAUUGAUAUUGCCAUUACAGGGGUAUUAAUAGUAGGAGCUGUAGCUUUGGAGAUUUAUGCAGCCGUUGUACUAUUUUCCUCCAAUUGGAUGAUGCUUUGGCUAAUUGAACAGGGUAAAAAGGAAUGGGUGAUAUGGUUAAGCCAAAGAUUUCCGCGGCUUUUCAACAAGCAGAAAAAGUACUGGUCUCAAAUUAUGGGGCAAUUUGAUCUAGUUGGUUAUUUUCUCAAAGUCAGAGAAACUGGUGUUCAAAGUCCAAGUAGAAGCGGAUCAAAAAAAGAAGGAAGAAGGUGUCCAAGUAGAAAAAUAAUCAGAUCGGUGUUGGGGCUUAAUUACGAGGAUAAGUGGAAUAGAUAUCGACACACGACGGCAUGUUCUGUAUAUCCUCUGGUAUACAAAGCAAUUUUAGAGCUUUGUGAUCCUAUUGAUUCAAGAAUAUCAGACAGCCUAAUCGAUGAAUUGGACGAAGUUUGGGAGAUAUUAGAAGACACCACGGAGGAUGCUUUUUCCGAGCGAAUUAAGACCGCACACUUGGCAACAGAAAUAUGCUACUGUUUAGAAAUGGAAUGGGAUGCAGGAGGUGAAGAUGAUCCCUCUGGAUCCGACUCUUCGUCGUGGAAGCAAAACAGGGAAGUGUCCAAAGCUUUAUCAGAUUACAUGAUGUAUCUACUUAUACUACAUCCUUCACUGUUGCCCAAUGUUGUAGCACUUGGAGAUUUGGAAGACGAGCUCUACAAUCCGGGACAUCUUAUAGGGGAUGCAUGUGACGUAAACGCGACUUGCCUUAAUUUGCUGAUGGAUUCUGAAGGAUCUCGGCGGAGUUGGAGUAGGAUUGCCACAUAUUUGAAGGGAAAUGAGAAGACAAAGAGAUGGGAAAUAAUCAAACAAAUGUGGUUGAGGAUGCUAUGCGCUGCAACUCGCUGUGAAAAAGGUUUCGGUCAGAAAAAUAGCCACUUCCAGCAAUUAAGACAGGGAGGCGAGCUUCUCAGUUUAAUUUGGUUCAUUAAUCCCCCAUAUACGAUAACCCUUAGUGACACUACUCAUGUGAGCCAUAUUAGAGAAGGAUUUUUCGUCUAUUGUAAGGAGAAGAAAGGAAAGUUGACCGAGGUAUAA